UAUAUAUAUAUAUAUAUGGUUAAGAUUGCACAAGUGUCUAUAGUCAUAUGAUAAAAGAAAUAAUUCAGUAAUGUCAAUUGGUGGUGGUCUUAAUAUUUUAAAAGCAGAAAUAUUAAAAAAGCGGAAACAAUUAGAAGAAAGUAAUGUUUUACAACAAAAUAAGAAAUACUUCAGAAGGGGAGAAUUGGAGUCUCAAUAUAAAAUUGAAAAUUAUGAGACUAAUGAUAUUAGUAUCGAUAUUGUUAAAUCUGAUGUGAAUCAAGAACAACAAGAAUCAAUAAAAGAUAAUAGUUUAGAACAAUCAACAUUACCUAGGCCAGAAGUAAUACGAAGAUUAAGAGAACGAGGAGAACCUAUAUUGUUAUUCGGAGAAUCAGAAAAAGAAGCGUUUAAAAGAUUAAGAAAACAUGAGAUUUUUGAAGCAGAAGUAAAUAAGGGCUUUAGAAAUGAUUUCCAAGAAGCAAUGGAACAGGUAGAUCAAGCAUAUUUAAAUGAAAUUUUAACAUCCACAAAAUCACAAGAUCGUAAUGUAAAAGGAGAUGUCAAUGUACCUGAAGAAGGUACCACUUACGAAGAUAUACAAAAAAUGUCUGACAAAUUAAACAAAGGUGAUAGGGACUUUGAUAUAAAUGUUAUUAUCCAAUUUAUCCAAUUCCUAGUACAAGUAUGGGGUAAUCAGUUAAAUAGUAGAACAUCUGAAGAAAAAAUGAGUACACAAGGUAAAAUGGCAAGUGCAACUUAUGCUCAAACAAGAGAAUAUUUAAAACCACUUCUCAGAAAGCUGAAAAAUAAAUCACUUCCUGAGGACAUAACAGAUAGUUUAACCGAAAUUGUGAAACAUUUACUUGAACGUAAUUAUAUUCUGGCUAGUGAUGCAUAUUUACAAAUGGCAAUUGGAAAUUCUCCUUGGCCUAUUGGUGUAACUAUGGUUGGUAUACACGCACGUACUGGUAGAGAAAAGAUUUUUUCAAAAAAUGUAGCACAUGUAAUGAAUGAUGAAAAACAAAGAAAAUAUAUUCAAGCGGUAAAAAGGUUAAUGACUAAAUGCCAAGAAUACUAUCCUACAGAUCCUUCACGUUGUGUGGAAUAUGCAAAAACAUAGGUAUUUUUUUUUUUUAUAAAAUCAUUCUCCCUUUAAUAUGAUAUAAAGAAUAAU